UUUACUAAUUAACUACUAAAAUAUUUUGAAAGUAUAAUCUGUAAACAGCAAACAUUAGUGCUACUAAGAAGACCGGAAAAAUGCAUUUUCUAGACAACUUUGACCCAGUAACAUCUGAGCGUGAACGUCGUAAGCUGAACCGUAAAAACUAUUUUGGAAAUCGUAAAAGUAAAUCAAUAUACAACGAACAUGGUGAAAUAGCGGCCACAGGUAGAGAUGUAUGUGAUUGCUUGGACGAAAAGUGCCCUGGAUGCCACUUCCCAUGUCCGAAAUGCAGUUCUUGUAAAUGUGGCCACGAAUGCAGGAUAAAUCGAAAAUGGAUGUAUGACAGGAUUGAGAUAGAGGGCAAUGAUACUAUAAUUAAAAAUGAAUACAAACACAAAUAAAUUCUUGAAUAAGAAUAUUUGUGGUGUUUGGUAAUUGUGAGAAGUUUUAUCAAUGACCAAUGCGGUGUGAGGUCUUAAUUCAUUUUGGUUGGAAGUAAAUCAACAGAAAAUUUAAUUUUGAAACAUU